UAUUUCUUUAUUUAUUUAUUUGAUGGUGAUUUCGAUGCUGACCUUUAAUCAAUCUUUAAGGCUCUGGUGGGUUUGGUUUCAGUUUCCCUUAAAUCUAAAAGGUGAGAUCAGUACAGGUGCUUUGAGCAGAGAAGAGUUAUGGGAAAAGGAGGAAUGUCUCAGGGAGAAGGCUCAAAGGUGGAAGAAGAGAACAUGGCUGCUUGGUUGGUUGGUCUCAACACUCUCAAGAUCCAACCCUUUCCUCUUCCUUCCCUUGGUCCUCAUGAUGUGAGAGUUAGGAUGAAGGCUGUUGGAAUUUGUGGAAGUGAUGUUCACUACCUCAAGACCAUGAGAUGUGCGGAUUUCAUUGUGAAAGAACCCAUGGUGAUUGGACAUGAGUGUGCUGGGAUCAUUGAAGAGGUAGGUGAAGAAGUGAAGCAUCUAGUGGUCGGUGACCGAGUGGCUCUUGAACCUGGGAUUAGUUGCUGGAGAUGCAACCUCUGCAAGGAAGGGAGAUACAAUCUUUGUCCUGAGAUGAAGUUUUUUGCAACCCCACCGGUUCAUGGCUCUCUAGCUAACCAAGUGGUUCACCCUGCGGAUCUGUGCUUCAAACUGCCUGAGAAUGUGAGUCUUGAGGAAGGAGCAAUGUGUGAGCCACUAAGUGUUGGCGUGCAUGCUUGUCGCCGAGCGGAGGUUGGUCCUGAGACAAACGUGUUGGUAAUGGGAGCCGGACCUAUUGGACUUGUCACCAUGUUGGCUGCUCGGGCUUUUGGUGUGCCAAAGAUUGUCAUUGUGGAUGUUGAUGAUAACCGUUUAUCUGUAGCCAAACAGCUAGGUGCAUAUGGGAUUGUUAAAGUGACAACAAGCUUAGAGGAUGUUGGUUCUGAGGUUGAACAAAUUCAGAAAACUAUGGGGUCAAACAUUGAUGUGACAUUCGAUUGUGCGGGUUUCAACAAAACCAUGUCGACGGCAUUAGCAGCCACUCGAUGCGGUGGUAAAGUCUGCCUUGUCGGAAUGGGUCACGGUAUAAUGACUGUCCCUCUCACUCCUGCAGCUGCAAGGGAGGUAGAUGUGGUGGGUGUGUUCAGGUACAAGAACACCUGGCCUUUAUGUCUGGAGUUCCUUACAAGUGGUAAGAUUGAUGUGAAGCCACUCAUAACCCACAGAUUUGGUUUCUCUCAGAAGGAAGUGGAAGAUGCCUUUGAAACCAGUGCUCGUGGAAGUAAUGCUAUUAAAGUUAUGUUCAAUCUCUGAAACAAAUAAAAAAAGUAUUAUUUGCUCUUCUAAGAACAUUUCAGUGUUUCUGUAAUAAGAAUGCUUCUGUAUCAUCACUUUCGUAAUCCUUCUUCUUGAAUAGAUAAAUCUUUUAUUAUGACA